AUGGUUGCUUUUCCACAGGAGACCGGCAACAAUGCACAAGAACUACCCUUACCCACUUCAGAUGUAGAUGAAAUGCCAAAUAUCGAUGAAUCCUCUGAGGCUGAAAAUGCGACUGAAUCAGCGGCUAAUUCUAAUUCCUUGUAUCCCAAAGCAUAUCUUCCACUGAGCACAAAAGUUCUAAUGAAGUCGGAUCUACCCGAGUGUUCUAGCCCCGAAGAAUGUGGCAAACAUAUGUCUAAUAUUAAAAUGCCCUGGAUAAAGCGUAUGCUUUGUGGAUGUUUUGUUUCUCGUGCCAAAACUAGACCCAAGACUUCAUUUGUCGAUGAUCGUUUCAAACCUAAAUGCAUUCCUCCACACUCAGAGCUGACAGUUAAAAAUAUUCCUUCUUCGGCAUUACUUGGCAAUCUACCGUCUUCAGUUGAGUGUAAUGUCCAGAAUAUUUCCAUAGAGGAUGGCAAGGAGCCAGUUAUCAGUUGUUGGUCUUCUGACCAUAAAAAACGCUCUUCAAAGCCCCACAAGAAAAGCUCAAACGUUAAGAACAUCGACAAAGUGAUCGGACCAAAUCAGGAGAUUGCUCCACGAUUAGAUAAUGAACAUACAGUAUCUAUUACAGAUGAUCUUUCUAGUGUGGAUAAAAGCGCAACAGAGGACGUAUCAUCAACGCCUAUUGCAAAAACUAACAUGGUUGUAGAUCGCGCCGAUUUCCGUGUCGGUGUUGAGAUAGAUGGUCUGGUACAUCAAGUCUACGUUCUCAAACGACCAUUUGUGGACGAAUUUCUUCAGGCUAUGGCCGAAAUCUAUGAGUGCAUCCUCUUUACAGCCAGUUUAGCCAAGGUAACUUAA